AGAAAAGUCACAGAGAGGCUUGCACAGCCAUCAGUCUUAUCUGGCCUUUGAUACAAAGUGAACCGACACUAAUAAAGAUAGAAGAGUGCAAGCAAGUUCACUUCACAUUGUUAGUUCAAGAGCCAUCAAAGCACAAUACGACCAAGGACUUUUCCUGAAUUUUGCAAGAAAAAGUGAUCUGUUAGGAACAUCCUGUUAGCAAGAAAUGUGCAAAAUGAUCGCCAAUAGCCACAGUGACGAUUCGCCGACCAGCUCCACCCCUGGGGAUUACAAUUUCUUGGAAAUGGACUUGGAAGAACAACUCAACACAGUGGACGAGAAGGUCAAGAGGGUAAACAAAUUCGUCCACGAACUCCAAUCCUUGAGUCCCGUUUGCGAGGAGGCACCCGAUGAUCUGAAAGAAAAACAGAUCUUUGUGCGGCGAAUUGUACAAGUGAGCACGGAAAUCCAAGACGCCAAGGACCUGAUUCUCGCCAUUUGCAAGCCUCGCGUCUCCGUUCGUCAACUUGAGCUGAUCAAUUCCUCGACGGAAUCUGAGGCCGAUGCCGCCAUCGACCCCAGCGUCCGCUUCUUCGGCCUCGAUUGGCAACAAAUCUUCGGCAAGUGCUUCUCGCUCAGCUUGAACCUCCAGAUCUUCCGUACCCAAGCCAUGGACGAUGAGUGUCAUCUCGAUCUCGUUUUGCUCAACACCAUUCUCAAGGACCUGACCAACGUCGAGGUGGACGUGAAUUCUCAUUGUGAGGCCGUACUCCACGGGCGGCUCUCAAAAUCUCAACAAUUGCUCAUUCAGCAGGAACAGAGGCGUUUCAGCUCCCUGGCCCCGCCCAAUCCUGCCGGCCUGGACCAUAAAGUGGCCAAAAGCCGAAGCUUCAGAGACACCACGGGACAGAAGAAGGUCCGACAAGUCCAACGGUACAAAAAGAACAAGACCACGGACUUCAAUAAGCUCACCCCUUCCAUCACCACCGGCAAUAUUAGUGGACAGCAGAACGAAAGAGAUCAGAAGAGCAUCGACAAGGAAUGGCAGGAAGUGCUUCAGGAACCGAGGAGAAAGACGUCGUUCAUCCAGAACGUGUCAUCGAUCUUUAAGAACAUUCGAUAGGCCCGCAAGAAUUCGAAGGAUAACUUUGAGACAUCAAAAAGUGCUGUUGAACUUGUCAUAAUUUUAUAGAGCAUCGCCAUGGGAAAAUAAAAAGUCCAAUAAUGUCAAAUGAAAA